AUGCUUCAAAUGGCAAAGUCUGGACGCAUCGCUGGCCGAGCAGUCCUAAUUGCCGGACAGCCUGGAACGGGUAAAACAGCCAUUGCAAUGGGUAUGGCGCAGUCUUUGGGCAAGGACACGCCUUUUACGGCAAUGGGAGCCUCAGAAAUCUUCUCACACGACAUGAGCAAGACUGAAGCUUUGACGCAGGCGUUUCGAAAGUCGAUUGGAGUAAGGAUCAAGGAAGAAGCGGAAAUUCUGGAAGGAGAAGUCGUCGAAAUUGAAAUUGAGCGACCCGCGACCGGAACCGGCCAAAAGAUCGGAAAACUGACGAUCAAGACGACCGACAUGGAGACUGUUUAUGAUCUCGGCCAGAAAAUGAUCGAGCAAAUCACGAAAGAAAAGAUCACGGCCGGAGACGUCGUCAGCAUCGACAAGGCUUCCGGACGCGUUUCCAAAUUGGGACGAAGCUUCACCAGAGCCAGAGACUUCGACGCUUCCUCUGGAAGUGUGCGAUUCGUGCAAUGUCCCGAAGGAGAACUGGAGAAGCGAAAGGAAGUCGUUCAUACUGUCACGAUGCAUGAGAUCGAUGUUAUUAACUCCCGAGCGCAAGGUUACUUGGCCCUCUUCAGCGGCGACACUGGCGAAAUUACCUCCGAAGUCAGAAGCCAAAUCAACAAGAAAGUCUCCGAGUGGCGCGAGCAAGGCAAAGCCGACAUCAUUCCCGGCGUUUUAUUCAUCGACGAGGUCCACAUGCUGGACAUUGAGUGCUUCAGUUUUCUGAACAGAGCACUAGAAGACGAAAUGGCGCCGAUUAUGGUUAUGGCUACGAACAGAGGCGUCACUAGAAUCCGUGGAACUGAUUAUAAAACGGCUCAUGGUCUCCCUACAGAUUUGCUCGAUCGUUUGAUUAUCAUUCGAACGGAGCCAUACACGGAAGACGAAUUGAGAUUGAUUUUGAAGACGCGCUGCGAGGAAGAAGAUGUUAACAUGGAAGACAUGGCUUUGAAUGUACUGACGAAGAUCGCAAACGACUCCUCCCUCCGCUAUGCUAUUCAGUUGAUCACUCCCGCAGCCCUCCACGCCAAAAGAAAGAAGAGCAAGCAAGUGAGCGUAGAAGACGUUCGAAAGUGCUACGGCUUGUUUAUGGACGAGAAGCGCUCGACCGAGUAUCUCAAAGAAUACGAAGAGCACUUCCUCUACGGCGAAGUGAGCAACAAAACCGCCCAGAUGGAGAUUUAG